AUGGAGUCCACCACUGACGGGAUCCUAGCCUCUACUGGGCCGCCUCCCUUGAAGAAGCAGAAGAAGUGCGCGCUGUUGAAGUCAACGCUGCAGCCUAAGGGAACUGACCUCCUUCCUGCCAGCAGCAGCAACAGCAGCAGCAGCAGCCGCAAUACUUUGCUGCUCAAGUCCAAGAGUCCCUUUGCCCCGGCUUCGACUUUGAAUGCCUCUGGCUUCAGUUCAACCGAAGUGAGCACCAAAGCUCCUGAAUUGCCGUCUUCGACUGCUGUAGCUGCUGCUCCCUGUGGAGCAGCAGCAACAGCAGGCAGCAGCAUGAGCAACAGCAAGGCUGCAGCAGUAUCGAAAGCGGCAUUAGAUAUUGCUGCUGGUAAAGGGCCUACAAACAAAGCAGCUACCAGCGCAGCUGAGUCUCGCGCCUCUCAAGCAGCAGCAGGAGCACCGGCAGCAGCAAGAGCAGCAGCUUCGGGUGCUGCUGCUGCUACUGGUACUGCUGCUGCUGCAGCCCAUGAAGGAUUCCCAGUGGUAGUAGAUGUAGAAGAUGAAGGAGAGGAAGACUCUUUGCCGUUGUGCCCUCUUCGAGCCACCCUAAAGAGAGUUUGGGGGUUUACAGAAUUUAGAGAAGGGCAGGAACAAGCCGUGCGGGCGGUGCUAAGGGGGAAAGAUGCCCUCGUUAUAAUGCCAACGGGGGGAGGAAAGUCUUUAACAUAUAUGCUGCCGGGGUUGCUUUUGGAGGGGAUCGUGCUGAUUGUCUCGCCGCUCAUCGCCCUUAUUGAGGACCAGGAUGUGUUGCGGCAGCUGGAGCUGCAGAAAUUACAAAAGAAUGGGCAGAGCCAGCAGCAUCAGCAACAGAAGCAGCAGCAACAGCAGGGAGCUGAAGGGGGUGCUGGCGUGGCACUCGUGGCUGUCGACGAGGCGCACUGCAUUUCCUCUUGGGGACAUGACUUCAGAGCCAGCUACAGGCAAGCUGCUCCUGUUGCUGCUACGUCUGGUGCUUCGAAUGUUGUUGCUGCUGCUCUUGCAACUACUGCUGCUUUCCCGCAUGUUGUGUUUUAUGGUAGCCUGCGUGUGGAUGCUGCCGCUGCUGCUACUACCAGGCGUUUGGGUUUGCUGCGGCGUUUGCUGCCGCACACGCCGGUGUUGGCUUGUACGGCAACAGCAACAACAGCUGUACAGAGAGACAUCUGUAGCAGCUUGGAGCUAAAGGAUCCUACUCUUGUUCGUUUGUCCUUCAACAGCCUUCUUUCUUCCAUUUGGUUCGGUGUUGUUAUUUUCCGGAUGUUUUCUUCUUUCCUUCAUGUGCUUCUGGGGUUCGUUGUGUGGCCAAACAUUUAUUAUGAAGUGAGGCUUAAGGGGCUGCCGCAGGGGGAGGUGGGGGAGGAGGCAGCGUUUGGGUGUAUGGACAGAGAAGAAGAGACGGAGUUAGCUGCAGCAGACCUUGCACAGGAAAUCAAAACAAACCACAAAGACGACCUCGGCAUUGUCUAUUGUCUCAAAAAGACAGAUUGCGAUGCCCUGGCCGCCUACUUAAACCGCCAUGCUUUCUACCAAGAGUCAGGAAGAGCCGGACGAGACGGCCUAGCUGCUCGGAGCAUUUUGUACUUUUCCCCAUCGGACUACAAGUUGUUACAGUUUGUGCUGCAGCAGCAGCGGGAGCAGCAGCUGAAAGCAGCAGCGGCUGCUGCUGCUGCCGGUCGCCCCGCGAAGGACCUACAACAGCUCAAGAGAGAAACAGCAGAGCAGCAAGAACGACUGCUGCAAAAGCUAAAGGCAUGCCUGUCUUACUGCCGGCUGGUUGACUGCAGGAGGAAGUACCUGCUGCAGCAAUUUGGCGAAGCCUACAACGCAGCUGCUACUGGUACGUCUCAGCAGCCUAUAGUCCCUGCUGCGGCUGCAGCAGGGGCUGUACGCUGCUGCGACAACUGCAGCAACCCGGCAGCAGCCCUUCGCCGCUCCGUCCUCCUCAGCAAGAUGGAGGCAACGGUUGCUGCUGCUCCUUCAGUACGCCACGGGUCCUGGGAAGAUACAGCAGAUGCGCCCUUGGCUACUCUAGAAAUCGAAAGGCAAGAAUACCCAGAUGCAGAUGGAGCUAGCCCCUGGAGGGGCCCAUGCGGGGGGGCCCGACGUCGCGGGGGUGCCCACAGCGAGUGGGGAAGGCAGGGAGGAGGCCGCGUGGUAUACAAGAAUCCCACAGCAACCCCAAGACAGUCGAUCCCUGAAAGCGUCCGCAAGAAGGGGCUCUCUGCCGUCAUGCAGGAGCUGGAGAGACGCGAGCAGCAGCACGAAAGCAGAUGCAGCAACAGCAGCAACAACAGCUGCAGCAAGAAACACCAUGCGCUCUUUGCUGAAUUCCGGUCCGCGAGUAGGGCUAGCAAAGAUACAUCGCUGUCAACAUCAUCAACGAAAACGAACCUUCCAGCGGCAGCAACAACAGCACCAGCAGUAAAAAGGCCCCUCAAAACCCUGGGCCUCUGCCGCCCCCUCGGGUUGCAGCGCAGUCGUCCAUCACCAUAA